AUGGCCAACGGAACAGCUGCCCCCGUCCCAUCCGCACUUGAGGCGCCCUUCUGGGUGUCCACCGACGACUGGCACACCGCCGGCGAGCCCUUCCGCAUCAUCGCCGAGCUCCCACCGCACUGCGAGACGGCGGGCCUCACCGUCGCCGAUCGCAGGUGGAACAUCAUGGCCCAGCCCGGACACCCUGUCGACACACUGCGCAAGAGCCUGUGCCAGGAGCCCCGCGGCCACGCCGACAUGUACGGCGGGUUCAUCGUCCCGCCCGACGACGACGGCGCGCACUUUGGCGUGCUCUUCUUCCACAAGGACGGCUUCUCCACCGCAUGCGGCCACGGCACCAUUGCGCUCGGGUGCUGGGCAGUCCAGACCGGUCGCGUCAAGGCGGUGGAGGACGGCAAGACGGAUGUGGUCAUUGACGUGCCGUCCGGGCGCGUCGUCGCGCAGGUGUGCACGGUUGGCGGCAAGGUCGUGCACGUCGACUUUAUCAAUGUGCCGAGCUACCAGUGGGCGACCAAGGUGCCAGUCUCCCUCUCCUCCCCCGCACUGGACUUUACGGUGGAAAUCUCGUGGGGCGGCGCAUCGUACGCCUUUGUCGACGUCAAGACGUUUGGCCUGCGCAUCGAGCCGGCCAACCACGACGCGUUUGUCGCCCUUGGCCGCGCGAUCAAGGCCGCCCUGGGGACGCGCGGCCGCCACCUGAACCACGACCUGUAUGCUGUGUGCUUCUACGACGAGUUGGACGAAGACCCUGCGCGCGGGCGCCUCACGCAGCGCAAUGUCGUGGUGUUUGCCGACGGGCAGAUCGACCGCUCCCCCUGUGGGUCUGGGACGGCGGCGCGUGUCGCGCUCCUGCUCGCGCAGGGCAGGCUGCAGCCGGGAAAGACGUUAGUGCAUCGCUCCAUCAUCAACACCGAGUUCACCGCCGUGGUCGAGGCGGAGGCGGCGAGCCCGACAGAGUUCCCGGCGUGCAUCCCCCGCAUCACCGGCAUGGCGCACCUGAUGGGCCGACACGAGUUUUAUGUCGACCCCGCGGACCCGACGUUUCCGGGCUUUGUCUUCCGCUGA